AUGGAAGAGCAUAUGGUUGUUCUUGAUAAUAUGCGCAGAGACAGAUUGGUUGAAUUCAUGGAUGGUUUCGAGAAAAUCGGACUUGGCUUGAAGGAGAUGUACCAGAUGUUAACACUAGGAGGAGAUGCGUCGCUUGAUCUCAAAGAUUCUAUGGACCCUUUCACGCAAGGAAUUCAGUUCAUGGUGCGUCCUCCGAAGAAGUCUUGGAAGCAAAUUGAGAAUCUUUCCGGUGGCGAGAAAACCCUCGCAUCACUGUCUCUUGUGUUCGCUCUUCAUCACUACAGGCCAACACCUCUAUAUGUCAUGGAUGAGAUCGAUGCUGCUCUAGAUUUUAGGAAUGUGUCAAUCAUUGCUCACUAUAUAAAGGAUCGUACCAAGAACGCUCAGUUCAUAAUCAUCUCGUUGCGAAACAACAUGUUCGAGCUUGGAGAUCGUUUGAUAGGAAUCUACAAGGUCAGUUACCCAAACCUUUUCGAUUACAUAUAUCAUCAAGCUAGUGAAAAGUGUACAUCGAUAUACUUAAGAGUUGUCCCUUGA